GGGAGCUAGGACUCCUGGGUUCUAUGCCCAGCUCUGGGAGGGGAGUAAAGUCUAGUGGGCUAGAGGAGGGGAAGCUGGGAGCGAGGACACCUGGGUUCUCUCCCCAGCUCUCGGAAGGGAAGUUCCCCUUGUUACCUGUCACCUCCUGCUCUUUAUUUUCAUACCUCUGUUUACGAAACUGGGUGUAUCUGUAUUUCCCUCCCCUCAACUUUCCCUGUCCCAUUCAGGAUUCUGUCCCAGGUGCAGCUGGAGGGCCGUGGGCCAUGAGAGGUCUAAUCUGCCUGCUGGCCAUUCGGCUGCUGCUGGAGCUGCCCAUGCUGGAAGCUUGUGAGCAGCCAAUGGAAUCUCCCCGCAUUGUGGGGGGUAAUGAUGCCAAUAAUGGGUCCUGGCCCUGGCAGGUCAGUAUCCGUGAAGGCAGCAACCAUGUCUGCGGAGGGUCCCUCAUUGCUGAGAGCUGGGUGGUGUCGGCAGCUCAUUGCUUCAAUGGGGACAAGUCUGCCUAUCAUGUGAACCUAGGGGAAUAUCAGCUCCUGAACCCCUCUGAAAGUCUGGUAUCUUUUCCCAUCAAGAAUAUUUACUGCCAUCCCAGCUACACUGAUAUCAGGUCCAGCGGUGACAUUGCACUGGUGGAGUUGGAAACCCCUGUGAACUUCAACAGAGUUAUCCGCCCCAUCUGCCUUCCAGACUCCUCUGUGGAGUUCCCCACGGGCAUGGAGUGCUGGGUGACCGGCUGGGGUAACACUAAGUACGAAGAGAGCCUGACAGCCCCCAAAACGCUGCAAGAGGUGCAGGUGCCCCUGAUAGACAGAGACGCCUGCAACAGCCUCUUCAAAAUCGGCUCAUAUGCGGUCGACCCUCAGGAGAUCGAUCCCAUCAAGCAGGAUAUGAUCUGCGCAGGGUAUCCGCAAGGGGAGAAAGAUUCGUGUCAGGGCGACUCCGGGGGACCCUUGGUCUGCGAAUGUGACAGCGCGUGGUUCUUGGCCGGGGUGGUGAGCUGGGGCGUGGAAUGCGGGAACCCCAAUCGCCCGGGGGUCUACAUCCUGCUGCCCCCCUACGCCGAAUGGAUCCAGGGAUACGUUCCCACCCUAUCCUUCACCAUUAGUAGCAUGUCAGUCAUGCCGUGCAACAGUGCCAGUGCUAGCCCAUUGGGGGUCCUAAGGAAUAUUUUGGGGGCCUCCUCCACCCACACAACAUUAAAACAGGCAAAGCAGAUAAGGGGCCUGCUUGGGCUGCUCGGGACCCUAAGUCAUUGCCUGGCACCGGCUCUGCCUGCCGUGCUUCUCGCUGCAGCUGUCCCCAUGAUCCUGUAAGAUGCACCCCCCAUGCCCCAGCACAUCUCUCCAGGCCCCCAUGAAAGCCACCUCCAAAUGGGGUUUCAGCUCAUCACUGCCUCAGAUUGGUGCAUGGCCCUGAUCCCAACUGGGCCUGUGCAAAUGCUGCUAAUGCUAACGAGGGUGCAAAGGGUCCUGAUUUCCUCCAGCAGGGGGCAGCAGGGACACACACACACACACACACAUGCGUGCACACAGACAGAGCAGGGCCCAUCCCUCCAGCAGGGGGAGCAGGGACACACACACACAGAAGCAAUCAAGCCAUAGCCUCCCUCUCCCACCUGCUUCAAUGCCAGACUGUGUCCUUAUAUCCUUCUAUUCUCUGCCCCCACCUCUUUAUCCCUCUCUUCGGCUCUUUGCCAGCCACCCCACAGGCCCCUUCGAGGCCUCUCUACCCUCCUCUUCUGGAUGCCAAAAUAUCUCUCUGCUUUCAGGAAGGGACUGUUAUUUCCUUUUCCUCCACUCUCUGUAAUUAUCUUUCCUGGCCUGUUUCCCCUGCAGCUCCACUUCUCUGGCUUGCUUUUCCCUUUCCAUCUUCCCUGCCUCAGUUUCCCCACCGCACACCCAGACACCGGCACUGCAUUGGCUUGUGGGGGGCCUCCAUCCUCCUAGCCUCACUACCUCAUGUGGUGCUGCAUCAGCUGCUGCCCCAUUGCCCCAUCAAACCUCUUAUGCAAUAGGCUUGUGCCUGGGAGAACGUGGGGUGGGGGCAGCAUGCACAGACCCUGGGCAAGCCCACGGAGAUAGGGGGACCAGGUGACUUAGCCCUGCAGCACCCCCAUCUGGCUGUGCUGAGAAUUGCAGACUGUGACCAACCCAAGCCCCAAGAUAAUUUAAGUUCCCCUCUACCUCUUAGGGAUCGGGGAGGAUUUGAACCCAUGGCAGGGAUGGUGCUAAGAGCACAGCCACAAGAGAUCACUGCAGUCCUCCAGUCUAGCCUCAUGCACGGCACAGCCCAGAUGGCCCAACCCAGGCCUCCCUUCAGCCCAUAUGUGAUGGCUGAGCUAGCCAUCUUAGAAAGAGUGUCAUAAAUAUAGAGAGAAGGGUAGCAUAAAAUCCCUCCUUGGCAGCUGGACUGAAUCGCCUUACCUGUAAGGGGUUAAGUAGGUCUAAUAACCUAGUUGGCUCCUGACCAGAAGGACCAAAGAGGAAAGAAGAUACUUUCACAUCUGUGGGGGGAGGGUUUGUUUGUAGCUCUCUCUUUGUUGUUCCCUCUAUGGACGGAGAGAGAGGCCAAGCAGGUACAACAUCUCCUGAAAAUAUACCUGGAAUAAUCCAUCUAAAAUCACAGAAAUUGUAAGUAAGGCAAGGAAAUGCGUUAGGUUAUCCUCUGUGUUUUAAAUCUUUUUAUUGACCCUGUAAAGUUACCUUCCAUCCUGAUUUUGCAGGCGUGAUUCUUUUACUUUUUCUUUAUAAAUAAAGUUCUUCUUUUAAGC